AUGAACAAGCGCGCCCACAUCAAACCCAAGGACAACAAAAAGAGGAAGUACAUCCUGGUCACCCUCAUCACCUACGAUGGUGACACAGGCUUCAUGGUCAUCGUUCCUGAGGAUGAGAUUGACCCUGAAGACGAGGCCAUGAUCAACCGGGCCGUCCAUGGCGACUGGAUGGCUGUGGAAGCCGCACACCUGCUCAGCAAGGACAAGGACACCUUCGUCAACCAGCGCAUGGAAGGCACCCUGGAGCUGUUCCUCGCCAAAGAGAAAAAAACUGACUAG